AUGGAUACUAAUAAGGAAUAUGAUUUCAAUGUAGAUGCACGAUCUUCUCGUUCUGUAAGUACUUCUAUGGAUAAGCCGUUUGAAGAAGAAAGUACGCCAAAUAACAGUAUAACCGAACAAGCAGCAGGAAGGAAAAGCACAUCUCGUAUAAGACAUAAAAGAAAAGAAUAUUCCCCUGAAGUUUCUGUUGCACCUUUGUAUAAAAGAUUCAGUUUGAGCGAAGACUUUAGUGUUAUCAAAGACGGCGCUGAACCAGAAACUUCACGCUCUCUCCUCAAUACUAGUCGAGCCCGGAACAAAAAUGUUGUAAAAAGAUAUUCUCCAGCAAGUGAAAAAUCGUCGCGAAAGGAAAAAGACGAUAGUACAGAUUCGCAGAAAGAAGUGAUUCUUCUCAGUCACCUAGGCGAUCUUCUUAAAAAGAAAUAUUCGCAUGUGGAAGACUUUUCUUUAGAUUACAGAAAAUUGGGAGUGAAAGUUAAAGACAUCAGUCCCGAAUAUUCAUUAGAGCCUCUAGAUUUCAAGCACAGUAAUUCUGCCGAACCAGCGUUUGUCCCUAGUAUCCCCACUGAAAUUCCCGAAAAAAAAACGAACAAGCGGACAAGUUCUAUCAAGCUCAAACUUCCUCGAAAACAUUCUGUUGAAAAGUUAUUAAAACAAGAAGCGCAAAACACUCCUAAAAACGAAGGCGAGAGCUCCAAAGAAUCUUCUGUCGUUUCUCAGUCUACACCAGAUCAUUUGGAAAUGAGUAGUCCUUCUGAAAGUAGUGGCAGACCGAAGAGAUUAGCGGCUGGUAAAAGUCGAGACUUCAUUUCACAAUUGGUAGCCCCAAACCGGAGACACAGCAAAGCUUCUGAGCAUGCUACUCCUAACGAGCGGGAGAAGUCAGCGAGCAGUACACCAGCUGAUGUGAAAUCAGAAGAGAAAGAGGAAACUGCCAAUUCGAAGCCUGUUGAUACUGCAAACAUUAUUCGAGAAGCCGAGAAGAUAGCGUCUGCUCUUACUGAAUUAACUUCAAGACCGAAGCGAAGUUUGAAUCUCACACCGAAAAUGCGGAACGUUUUCAAUCUCAAAGGAGACAAGACAGGUUUAACCAGGUCUGAUUUCAAAAUUACUGCCAGACCGAAUUCGGCAUUGGAUAUAUUGAGGAAUGCAAAAUUGUAUCAGCGUGUUAGGAGUCCUUCUCCUAUCAACACUUCCAUCCCACCAGUGUCCAAACCUGCGACCCCUCCCCACGCUGAGAGUCCCAUAGAUUCAAAACCUGAAGAAAAGUUGCCAGUUCCGGAAGACUCUGUUGCAUCCCCUCCUCGAACCCCCGAAGAUGACGAGAACAAUGAUAAAGAUAUCAAAGUUGAAGAAGUAUCUUUGGGAAUACCUGAACCUGAGGAAGAGGUUAUGGAUACAAAGCUUGAUGAGAGUGAUGCUAAAGAGGAUGAGAAACUGGAUUCUGAGCCUUCCGAAGCUCCAGAAACUGCGGAGGCUACAUCCAUUUCUUCAGCUUUUCAAGCUAAACCUGGAAGAAGUAAAGGGAAACUUCUGAAUGAGAAUGACUCACCAGUCAAGCCAAUACCUGAGAUCUCAGCUCCAGUGCUGCCCAUUAAGAAAGUCGAACCGGUUCGGUCAUCACGACGAAUUAUUAAGCCUGUAAAAUUCGAAGAUUUUGUAACUGAUCACCCCCAUCCUAAGAAUGAACGUACAGCCUCUUCGAGCGCUGCUUCGAUUUCCGAUGUUCCUUCUUCGUCGGAGGAAACCCCAGUUGAGCUUGCAAAACCUGCAGGACGACAACGGCCUCGCAAGUCGAGCAUCUCCAAUAAGAGGAAAUCGGAGCCACAACCUAUCCGUUUGAAACUUCGGUUAGAUGGUAAACGUUCAAGUGUAAUUGGUGGGAUACCGAAAGUUACUUCACCUGAACCACGGAUAGCAGUGGAAGAUACCAAACAGACGAGUAUUUUUCAUGCUGUGAAAGAGACUACACCCUUGAAUGACAGUAUUUUAACAAACGAAAAUGUCACCCCAACAGAAGCUGAACGUAGAGGAGAGACUAAGGUGAAACGGAAGUCAGGGAAAUCCUGGAUCUUAGGCUACACGCCGUCAGUCAAACCCGUGUUGGAAGACCUCGUACACACUAACGGAACAGUUGAGAAGAUUGGAGUAGUGGUGUAUGCUGUGAUGGACAGAAUUCUACUUGAAGUCUGCCAAGAUGGCGUUGUGCGUCAUUCUGGCGCAAUAUCCAAAAAAGAUCGUAGACAGAGAGCUAUGGGAAUCGCUCGUCAGCGUUACUUGGAGAAGAAAGCUGAGUAUGAAGUUUUGAAAGCUGCUUGUUUGGCUCGUGGAGAAACUCCUCCAGUGUUCAGUCAUACUCUUACCACUCAUAAGCGAUACUCAAGAUCUUCCCUUCCUUCGGAUGCGGAUUGCUUGUCAAGCGGCAGAGCCGAGCGAACGAAGAAGGGAGGAAUUUACAAGCAAAAUGAGUAUCUCAUGAAAACCAACAAAUCUCGUAAAUUCUCUGAAAGUGAUGACAAUGAAGGAAAGGAACCGAAGUCUAGGAAGAUACUCGAGUUUUCUCCCAUACAGCAGCGUGAACCCAAAGAAGAAAAAUUCCUGCAUGAGAAGAGGAAGAGAAGAGCAGAUGAAUAUUCUGGACGUAAUGAGAAUGACUAUUACUCUCAUGAGCGGAUACAUGAGAUACGAGAGAAGCAACGUGAAAAGACUGUACCCUUCAGUAUGUUCCUUGAAAACAAACCAGAGGGAUUAUCUCAAUCUCUCUGUAUAAAUACUCCAAUCACUUCUUCUCAACCUCAUGAUUUCUUCUACAGAGACCUGCUUUACGGCUCAAGAAUGACAUCUGUGAACACCGAGUAUGUAGAUGAUGUGGUAGAUAUUUUGGAGAACGAGAAAACUGAGUUCAAUGAGAACGAUUACGUUAUAAACUCUGAUGCCAAGAAUCUAGCUGCUCAUAUAGGUACUCUUUUGAUGAGACCCAGUCAGCCGGAUGGCUCCUAUAGUAUAUCGGACUUCUUCAGUUUAAUAAGAGAAGAAACUGAACUGAGAAGAGCAAUCGUCAAUCAGGCAAUGGAUAUCAUCACUGAUCAGUACGUGACUGAACAAGUCGCUUACGACGUUAAUGCAAAUGUGACUGUUUACAACACAACCCUCAGAAAUGCAUCUCUCUUGAGAGAUAUUUUCAAUAUGUUCAGUGAAGAACGUCAAAACUGUGUAUAUUGGGUGCACAGAACUUUCCUCGAAACUUUGCCAGAGCAUUUCCUCGCGUCCUACCUCAUCCUCCUCAGAUACUGUAAAACAUUGACGAAUUCAUACAUUGGGAAAGUUAUCAAAAACUGUGCGAAUGAUUCAUAUCCAUGGCCAGAAGUUGUUGAGCUGCUCACGGAAUUCACGAAUACGAAGGUUGUCGAUCCGGAUCUUGAUAUGCUGAAUCGAACUGUAACUAGUUGCCUGCUGUCUGAUGUCGUAUUUCUACUUGUCUCACCAGCUAUAAGUGCCGGAGAUUUUGUGUUGAAGGCCCGUUAUCACGAAAACGUUUUUAGAUGGCUCAAACAAAUGGGACAUCCUGCUUCUGAAGUGAUGCGCAUGAGUUUUAAUGAGGAUUAUGAGAAUUACUCAGUCGCACAGCUCUGUGAUACUAUGAUUGACAAAAUAGUUCAGAAGGUUAAGCAGUUAACGAAGUCUCAUCGCGACAAACGAAUUGUUCUUGUGGGAUGGCAAACAACUUGUUUCUUUAAUCAUAGAGCUGUUCAAUUGACUCAUGGAGUGUCAGCAAUCAUCGACUUGGCUUUCCCUGUUCUGACUACUGAAGGACCUCGAGGAUCAGCCGAUGAUGACAUUCUCUUAACGUACUGCCCAUCACUCUUCAUAGCCGGUUCCGAGUCAGAAGAUUUUGACGCUGUUGCCAUGAGGGAGUUACGUUCUCAUAUGAUCGUGCCGACUGGAUUGGUAGUAGUUGCCAAUGCAGAUGCUAACCUUAUGGUGUCCAAUACUGUUCUGAAUAAAUUGUGUAUAACGCAGAAAACUGUACAUAGAGCUCUUGUUGAACAAGUAAAUCAUUUUCUACGAUUGGAUGAAACAAGAAAGGAAAGAUCUCAAUUAAUACCAGUCGAACUUAAUAAUGUUUAUCAUGUAGAUCCAUCGAAGUUCAGUGCAAAGGACAAACAAAAGUUAACAUCAGAGAAAGAAGAAGCUGCUCGAUCGAAAAAGAAAAGAUUUGCUGGACCUUUCUCACCAACAGCACCAGCCAUGCCGGCUCUAUCUGCUGAGAUGACUCUAUCAACCAGUCAAGCACGAAACCGUUUCGAUCAAAUGCUCAAAAAAUCUCUACCUCAACAUUAUGAUUCUCGGAAGGUGAAAGAAGAUGCUACAAGAAAAGAAAGCUUCAGAGAGCCUAGAGCUCCACCAGUUUCGGCUGGAUAUAAAUCUUCGCCGUUGCCGUCGCCGUCUGUGAGACCGAGUUCAACAGAGGCUUCAAAUCUUCUAGAUCCUGCUUUGAUAUCCCUUAGUUAA